CGUUCCCGUUCCGGCGGGCGCAGCGAGCGGGAGCGGCAGGGGGAGCGGGAGCGGCCCGGGCCGCCGCGGACAUGCCCGAGCGCCGCCGCCGCUGCUGCCGCCUCCAGCAAUAGUCCCCGGCGGGCGGGCGGGCAGCGCCGCGCGGAGCCGCCUCCCCCCUUCUCCCCAUGGAGGGGCCGUACGCGCUCGGGGUGAGCGUGUUCUCCGACCAGGGCGGCAGGAAAUACAUGGAGGACGUGACCCACAUCGUGGUGGAGCCCGAGCCGCCGCCGGCCGGCGCGCACAAAGGCGGAGCGGCGCCCGCAGGCCCCGGCGCGGCCGAGCCCCCGGCCGAGAGCGGGCGGCGGCGCGGAGGGACCCCGCGGGCUGCCGAGGACGGGGCGCAUUCCCCGGGCACCGGCCCCGGGCGGCGGCCGCGCCGCUCCGUCGCUUUCUUCGCCGUGUGCGACGGGCACGGCGGGCGGGAGGCGGCCCAGUUCGCCCGGGAGAACCUGUGGGGCUUCAUCAAGAAGCAGAAGGGUUUCUGCUCGGCGGAGCCGGCCGAGGUGUGCGCGGCCCUGCGCAAGGGUUUCAUCGCCUGCCACCGCGCCAUGUGGAAAAAGCUGCCAGAGUGGCCCAAGACCAUGACAGGCCUGCCCAGCACCUCGGGGACCACGGCCAGCGUGGUGAUCAUCCGCGGCUCCCGCAUGUACGUGGCACACGUGGGCGACUCGGGCGUGGUGCUGGGGGUGCAGGACGACCCCAAGGAUGACUUUGUGAGAGCUGUGGAGGUGACACAGGACCACAAGCCUGAGCUUCCCAAAGAAAGGGAGAGAAUUGAAGGCCUUGGGGGCAGUGUGAUCAAUAAGUCUGGAGUGAACCGUGUGGUGUGGAAGAGGCCCCGGCUGAGCCACAACGGCCCCGUGCGCCGCAGCACCGUCAUCGACCAGAUCCCCUUCCUGGCCGUGGCCAGAGCCCUUGGUGAUCUCUGGAGCUAUGACUUCUACAGUGGGGAGUUUGUGGUGUCCCCUGAGCCCGACACCAGCGUGCACACCAUCGAUCCCCAGAAGCACAAGUACAUCAUCCUUGGCAGUGAUGGGCUCUGGAACAUGAUCCCACCUCAGGAUGCCAUCUCCAUGUGCCAGGAUCACGAGGAGAAGAAGUAUUUCAUGGGCGAGGCCCGGCAGUCCUGUGCCCGGAUGCUGGUGGGCCGGGCCCUGGGCCGCUGGAGGCAGCGGAUGCUGCGGGCGGACAACACGAGCGCCAUCGUCAUCUGCAUCGCGCCGCUGCGCGAGCGCGGCCGCUGGGACGGGGACGAGGAGCUGGUGCUCAACCUGGCCGAGGGGCCGAGCUACAGCAGCCCCGACAGCAGCAGCCUCAGCCCCUCCCGCUGCUGCACGCCCCCCCUCAAGCUCGCAGAAGAUGAUCCCUGGCCACGACUGAACUCUGCUGAGCCCAUUCCUCCCCUCCUGCACAGCAACAUGCUCUCAGAAAAAUACCUGGAGCUGCCAAACGAGAUUGCCAAAAGCAAUUUACCUUCCUCAGGAGGAACCCCGAAGGAUUCAGCCCCGCAGGAGGAGAAGUGCAGCAAAGCCCUGGCUUUGAGGCUGCAGGAAUCCUACAGCAAUGGUUUGUCAGUCAGCCUCUCCCCUUCCAACUCUGCCAACUCAGGCACGGACCAAAAAGGCCUCAAGGUGUCCCCUAACGGCCCAAGCAAGGCGCAGGAGGCGGAGAGGACGCCCCCGGCCAGCUUUAAGCGGACAUUGGAGGAAUCCAACUCGGGCCCGGCGGUGAAGAAGCCGCGGCGGGGGCUGGGCCGGGCUCCGGGCGAGGGCGCGGCCGCCACCCCGCAGCGCAGGAGCCCGUCCAAGCUGGCGAUGCGGCGCAGCCUCCGCGGGCAGAAGAAGCUCAGCAGCUCGCUCUUCCACCCGCCCCGGAAAGCCGUGUGCGUCUGCUGAGCCUCCUCCUCCUCCUUCCCGGUGGCUGCACAGGUUUGAAGCUCUUCCCGUUGAUCUCUUUUUAAAGUAGGAACUUUUUUUGGUAUCCGACAGCUUUAUCCCGGCCUUGUACUUGCUUGUAUUAUAACUGUGAAUUUUGUAGAUGUGUAGGGUAUAAGUCACUGUAAAAUGUGUGUAAAUUUGUAUUCCUUCAUAUAAAUGUAGUCUCUUUUCUUCCUUGUAUAAUUGUUACGGCGGGGCUAAGCCUUGUUUUAAAAAAAACCACAAAACAAAAACAAAAAGUAAAAUAAUCCUUUUUGUUAAUUUACUAAAGUCAUCAAUUUGUAUACGCUUCUUGUGAGGAGAAUUUCACAACUUUUUAACUAAAGUAAAUUAUUAAACAAAAUGGAAGAUAUGUAUUUUCGUAGUCUGAUAUGUUCCACCUAAAGUGUGUCUUUUAGAGAAUACACUAGGUCUAUAUUUUGGUUUUAAAUUUUAGAUUUCUCUACUCAGAAAUGAUAUGUAUGUGGAAGCAGAGAUUUGAGUCUUGCUUUACACACCUCAAUGUCGAUUUCAUGUUAAUUAAAAUACUAUGCAGUAUCUUAUUUAGUUGUAUUUUUUGUAACAAUAAUCGUCAAAAGUAUUUAGCAAAAAAAAGUGUGUUUUAAAAACUCCAACUCCCCAGAGCAUCCAACAAAGCCAUUCCCAUCCCCUGUUCCAAAUGAUGGCGUUUGAUCCAGGCAUCACUGCCCUCCUGAGAUGUUUUCUGCUAUUCCAAUACCAAUGGUGCUGCUAAUACCUUUCAACACAAGUUCUUAAAUUAUUUUAUGACUAUUUUCAUUGACUAUGUGGACCAUGUGUAUGUUCACCUCAAUAAAACACAUGAAAAUUUGA